CAUCGCACCUCUAUUGUUUUGUUUAAUUUGCCAUCUUCCACGCCUACUAUUCGAAAAUAAAACAAGAUUCAUUUGAUUUGAAUGUGUAUUGCAACAAUUUUAUUAAAAUAAUCGGUUCGUUUAAAUUUUCCGAGUAAUUCUCGUUAUUUCCACACGAAUAAGAAUCGAAAAUCCGUUCAACAUCUCUAAUUUCUUUUGACGUAACAUUGACAAGACAAGUCAAGAAGUGUCCGCCGAGUUGCGGAGUGAAAGGUGAGGAAAAAUCCAACUAACUAAUCGUAGUCGCCAUUUUAUAAGGAUUUCUAAGUAAAAUUUGGUGUUUGUUUUCGUUCUCUCGUCGAACUUCCUCGCAUUAUUACGGCAAAUCAGUGAACAUCUAGUGUGCGUCGGUACGAAUCGAACGAUAAAAAAACUGCAAAAAUAAAAAAUGAAUAACGACAAGUUGUGUUGAUAUUGAUAGUAAAAAUAAAUACAGUGACGUCCGUGUCCUACCUAAUCCGCUAGCGAGUUAUUACAAAACUAUUCGCUCAAACGGAAUCGUUCGCUUUAAAAAUCGGAGCCCUGGAAGGCUUAAAAGUACAAACCAUGGGCAACAAUGCCGCAACGGCGAACAAAAAAGUAGAUUCAGCGGAAAGCGUCAAGGAGUUCCUCGAUCAGGCGAAGGAGGACUUCGAGGAGAAAUGGAAGAGAAAUCCGACGAACACGGCCGGCUUGGAUGAUUUCGAGCGCAUCAAAACGCUCGGCACGGGCUCCUUCGGUCGCGUGAUGAUCGUCCAACACAAACCGACCAAAGAAUAUUACGCCAUGAAAAUACUGGACAAACAGAAGGUGGUCAAAUUGAAACAGGUCGAACACACCCUCAACGAGAAGCGCAUCCUGCAGGCCAUCAGUUUCCCGUUCCUCGUCAGCCUCAAGUUUCAUUUCAAAGACAAUUCAAACCUCUACAUGGUGCUCGAAUACGUGCCGGGCGGCGAGAUGUUCUCGCACCUACGCAAAGUCGGAAGGUUCUCCGAGCCGCAUUCGAGAUUCUACGCGGCUCAAAUAGUGUUGGCGUUCGAAUAUCUCCAUUACUUAGAUCUGAUUUACAGAGAUCUGAAGCCGGAGAAUCUCCUCAUCGAUUCCCAGGGUUACCUGAAGGUGACCGACUUCGGAUUCGCCAAGCGAGUGAAGGGCCGCACGUGGACCCUUUGCGGAACGCCCGAAUACCUAGCGCCCGAGAUAAUCCUAAGCAAAGGCUACAACAAAGCCGUAGACUGGUGGGCCCUCGGCGUGCUGGUCUACGAAAUGGCGGCCGGCUAUCCGCCGUUCUUCGCCGAUCAACCCAUACAAAUCUACGAGAAAAUCGUCUCGGGCAAGGUGCGGUUUCCCUCGCACUUCGGCUCCGAUCUGAAGGACCUGCUGCGCAAUCUGCUGCAGGUCGAUCUCACCAAGAGGUACGGCAAUCUCAAAGCAGGCGUCAACGACAUCAAAGGUCACAAGUGGUUCGCCUCCACCGAUUGGAUAUCCACGUUUCAGAAGAAAAUCGAGGCGCCGUUCAUACCGCGCUGCAAGGGCCCCGGCGACACCAGCAACUUCGACGACUACGAGGAGGAGGCGCUGCGCAUAUCGUCGACGGAAAAGUGCGCCAAGGAGUUCGCGGAGUUUUAAUCUCGAUCUUGUACGUAAGUCGAGGGCUCUUCCAAAAUAUUAAUCCGAUUCGUUUCUCGAUUGGUCCUCUGUACUAUCUCGCACCCACUUUGAUGCCCAGGAAUUAGGCGGAUUUUUCGAAAUGAUUUGUGUGUCAAAUAGGUUAAAGGGGUACAGGCGCUGGAGAUUCCGAUUCUACUGUUUCCUUCGAUUUUACGUAGUAUUUAGGGAAUUGUUUCGUGUUUCGAGCUUGGAGGCUUUUUCGCUCUUCGAACGUACGAUCGGAAUAUCUCGCGCUCGUACAUUGUAUAUCUAACAAUAUUGAGAUUUGUAAGCGUAUAUUAUAUUAUUAACGUUUUAUUUGUUACUGACAUUGUAAAUAUUGUAUCAUAGUUGUUUAGAAAUUGCACUAUUUACAUUAAAUAGUGUGCGCAUCAAUUUCUUAUGCAGUACAGAGGGUGUCCAAUCUUUCAUUAUGAUUACGAAAGUAAGGCAAUUACCUUAGAGGGGCAGUGGCGUAGCCGCGGGUCCUUCAGAGCGGGAUUGCAAUUUUAUUUUUAACAGCUUUGAUGAAAUUCAAAGGCUGGAAACAAGGGGAUAAUAAUCGAAUGGAAAAAAUAAUUCUGAAUCUUCUCUCGCUCUGCAAGUUCCCGUUCGUUACGCCAUUGCUUAGGUGUAGGAUUUUAAUGUUACAUGAAUAUUGUUUGUUUAGAAUUUGCUGAUGUUCUAUUAGGUUUGGUUCGUUAGUUACUAGUCCGGGAUAAUCGCAGACCUCUUACAUCAGUAUAUUGGCCAGUUUAAUCGGAAGAUAUCGAUUAUAUUGGCGCAGAAGAGCUUACUUUGGAUAGUCCAUUCUUUUGUGGUGAUAUGAUUUGCAUAGUAAUUGAAUGUGCAAUGUGCAUCCGCGCGAUAAAUCAACAGGGUUGUUUAUUUAGGGGUAUUUUUGUGGCUAUGUAUGAAUGGAAUUGUCGCUUCCCUCUUAUCGUUUUUGGUGGUGUAAGGUUUAAUUGUUUAAGAGUAAUAAAAUAACGGUUCAUUUUAGUUGGAUAAAUCGACCCAUUUAUUAUGUACACGUUAAAGUAUUUGAUGUAAUUCACGCGAACUCGAUUAUGGAAAUUGUGUUAAACCGAAUUUAUUUGUAGAUUACGGGUUUAUCUAUGCGUUGUGGAAAUGCUAAGGCGUGAAUAAAACGGCUCAAAGUCCAAUUGCCGCGAAUUAUUUUAUUGGAAAAGUGCUUUUUAUAAACGGUUCGUUAUCGUUAAAGUUAUACAUUGUUGAACGCACUAAAUUUAUUUUUUUUAGAUUCUAUUCAAUGUUUAAACAAAUUUAGUUCCUUUAUUUAUUUUUUAACAUUUUCGAAUUUCCUUUUUUUCUGAUUUCUCGUGCGAUAAAUCGAAUCGCAAACAACGCCGUGAAUUAUUAAUAAUACGUUGUUAACAAAUACCUGCUAAUGAGAUUAUGUUUGUACUGGUUCGAAACGGACGUGUUAUAUUAGUAAUUGCGUUUAAAUUUGGUAAUUUCGCCAGCCAUUAUCAUUUUCGUAAUAAUAAUAAUAAUAAAUUAUGAACUAUUGUCUGGAAUGUUGGCCGUGGAAACCGUUGUUGAUUCUUUCAGCGAUAAACAAAAUCCGCCGUGACGUCAAACAUUUCAUUUUUUUAAUCGUUAUUCGGAGUGUGUUUUCCUUACACGCACUUUAUCUAGCGAGUUUUCACGAACUUCACAACAGUUUUCACGAACACAAGUUCAUAAUAAUUAAUGCAUACAAGGUAGGGGCAUUAUCCUAACAAAUUACAAAAGUACAUCGAUUUGAAAUUGUAUUUAAUGCACUCUAU